AUGAAUAAAAUAAAUAAGAGAAUACCUGGAGCCUUACCACCAGCACCGAAAACUGAAAUUGAUGGUAAAGUCUCAGAUCUAUCGACCAAAACUAUCUCAGAACUUUUAGAUAUUCGUGAUAGGCAACUAAAACUACUUAAGAACCACGCUUUUAUUAGUAAAUUAGCUGACAAAGGCGCUAAAAUACAGAAAUUUUAUGACAAAAUUGUUUCUGAAAUAAAAUCGAAACAGGAAGAGGAGAGUACAUGUAAUUUGUUAAGGAAUUUGAAUUUGAACAAUGACAAAGUACAAAAUGUAGAAUGGGAAGGAAAAUUAGAUAUUUAUAAAGAAAAUACCUACUUAGAUUCUGAUGAUGAUAGUGAUCCAGAUGGUGUCUUACAUGUUCUUAGUCAGAGUACAACAAAUGAGAAAAAAGUUAAAGUUGUAAAACCAGAUAAACCUUUAGUAACCCCGGAAGAUCUUGUCAAGAUUGGUGAGAUUCCACAUAUAAAGUAUUUAGUAGAUAAAGCUGAACAAAACCAAAAGCCCAAACCUACUGGCCAUUUUAAACCUUUUAAGACAACCAAGUCCGAUGUACAUAAGCCUGAAAAAGAAAUCCACAGAAAGAAGCACAAAAACUGGGAAGUGACUGCAGCAACGCCACCUCCUAUUGUUCAUGGACCUGUACAACUACUUUCUUUAGAUGAAUCUUUGAAACUUCAGAAAGAAUAUAACAUGCAUUUGAAAGAAGUAGAGGCUCAACAUGCAGCAGAGAAGUUGCUUGCACGUUCAGGAAUUAAAAUGUCUAAGUUACCUGAAGACACCUAUAGAUUUGGUAAAUAUAGGCAAAGUGGCAGUGACGAUUCAGUGAUAGAUUCAUCAUCAGACAGUGAAGACAGUGAUAAAGAAGUUCAUGAUGAGGAACCAGAAAGAGGUGGAGUAGUUUUCACUGUUAUGAAAUAA